AUGGGUCGUCGAAAAAUUAAGAUAGAGAGGGUGAAAGACCCCAACACAAGGCAGAUCACAUUCUCAAAGCGUCGAACCGGUUUAUUCAAAAAAGCAAAUGAAUUGUCCAUUUUGUGCGGAGCAGAAGCCGCUAUUGUUGUGUUCUCUCCAGGUAACAAUCCUUACUCUUUUGGUCACCCUGGAGUUGAUUUUGUUGCUACCAAGUAUCUCCAAUUAGAGCCAAAACCAAGUAACUCUCUAGAAAACCGCACUUCUGAUGCUUCCAAGAUGGAAAAUUUGAAUCUAGAACUUGCUGAUGUGUUAGCACAAAUUCGGGAUGGUGAAAAGCAGGCUGAGGCUCAUGAUGAGAUUUUUAAGCAAAAUGAUGUGACAAAACUCUCUGAGCUUAAAGAAUUGAGAGGUUCAUAUAAAGAGCUUCAAGAUUGCGUAAAAUUGCGGCUCAAUGAUAUCGAGAUAUCUGAAUGUUUGAUGCUUCUAGCUCAAGAUCCAGUGGUGGGAAUAAAAGCGAAAUUGUCAAAAAAUAAAAGAAGAAAAAAUUGA